AUGUCGUCAAUCAAGAAAGUCGCGGUGAUCGGCGCUACCAGUAGCAUCGGGCGCUAUGCUCUUCCAGCUCUACUGGAAGCCAACUUUAAGGUGACCGUUAUCACUUACUCAGAUGAGGGAAAGUCAUUUCCACCGCAGGUGAAGAUUGCCACCACCGACUUUAGUCCGCAGUCUCUACACGAAGUGUUGAAAGGGCAAGACGCCGUACUAUGCGUCUUGGGUCACGCUGUGUUUGACAAGCAGAUUGAUCUGAUCAAUGCUGCUGCAAAGGCCGGCGUCAAGCGGUUUAUUCCGAGUGACUUUGGAACUCCCAAGGGACCCAAUGAUGUCCCGGAGUACCGCGCUAUCCUGGGAAAGAAGGCACAAGCACAAGCUCUCCUAGAGGAGAGGGCGAAAGAAAAUGACAGUUUCACUUGGACCUCUUUCUGGAAUGGCCCUCUUCUGGACCGGGUCAGUUCUAUGGCCUUGUUUCCCGAUUUUGGCUUCGACCUCAAGAACCACUCAGCUACGAUUUACGACUCUGGCAACGAGCCCUUCACAGCUAUGAGCAUUGGAAAGAUCGGCAAGCCAAUCGCUGCAGUCUUCAAGCGUCCCGAGGAGACAAAGAACCGAUAUGUCAGGCUUUCUGCUCUUACAACCUCACAGCGAGCAAUCCUCGAGGCGCUGGAGAGACUGACGAACCAGAGAUGGGAUACUGCCACGGUCAGCACUGAUGAAGCCAGGCGGCAAGGCAGCAUCAAGUUGCAGAAAGGUGACUACAAAGGGGCAUAUGUUGGAUUUCUCGUGGCUCAGCUGUAUGAGGAUGGAGCCGGCAGAUCUGUCCUGGACGGAGCAGAUAAUGAGUUGCUCGAGGUUGAGCCUGAAGAACUGGAUGAGGUUGUUAGAAAGGCGCUCGCUUGGGUUUAG